GGCCACAGCCAAGAGGCGGGGCUGAGGCCUCGCUUCCCACGGGCGGCCCCUCGGGGGUCGUGGCUGGGAGUCUUGGCCCCCGUGUCGACCAGAAGCCAAGCACAAGAGGCAGAGCCGGUGUGAGCGGUGACUGCGGCACGGGCGGGUCAUGUCCCGGGACUUCGUGUCGCUGUGGGAGCUGGUGGAGCAGCACAUUCCGCCCCUGGAGAGGCUCGAAGUGAAGAGGGUUCUGGGGGAGGCGGCGGUGGACCUGAGCCUGGAGCUGCGGGCAGAGUGUCAGGCAUCCCAGCUCUCCUUGCAGGUAGCGACGCUGUGCGCUCUGUGCCAGGAGGCUUAUGCCUCCCAUGCCCCCGGCUCCCGCGCCUUCUCUGACCCUGCCUCACUUUUGGCACCGCCGCCCCACCUGAGGGAACUGGUGCGUCAGGAACUCCGGCAGCUGCUCCAGGGUCUCCGCCACAAGGCCAUCUGCGAGGGCAGGGACCAGGCCCAGGCGUGGGUCCAGUACAGUCCCCGAGUCCUGCGCUUUGCCUUGGAGGAGCCCAGGUGUGCUUUGUCCGACCAGGGGACGUUCCAGUUCAGAGCUGAUGGCAGCAGCAGCGGGGACCUCAGUGUCAUCAAGGACCAACUGAACGUGGCUGACAUUGACCAGGUCGCUGCACACCUGCGGGGCCUUCUGGAGGAGGAGUGUAACACCUUACAAAAGGAGAUCACCAUGCUGCAGCUCUCAGGCCAGGCACUGACCAUGCUCUCUUGGCAGCGCUGUCUGGAAGAGGAGUUCACCAGGGCCUGCCAACCACCUGAUGCAGCCCUGGAGCCCACCCUGACAGAGCUGAAAGAACAGAAGGCGGCCAUGACGCGGGAACUACAGCUCUCUCUUCAGCCUUCCCCUUUCUCUGCCAACCACAGGCAGCCAGCCCCGGACCCCUCCAGCCGGUGCCUCAGGCCUUGCCCUCUCCUCCCUCGUGGGACCACCCAGGCUCAAGCUGGGGCUCUCCAGUGCCACCUGCCUGCACCACCUUUGGAGUACUGCCCGCGGCCCCGGGGCCAGGCUGCCCUCUGCCGCUGGGGUCGAAAGCUCCAGUACAGCCCCCGGCAGCAGCCAGCCGCCACGCCAACUAUGUCCAGUAUGGCACCCCAGGCCUCAGCCUGAAGGGCCAGCUGCAGAGCAGGCUCCAGCUUGGGCCAGAAUUGACCUGUGCACUACCACCACAGCCACCCCUUACCAAUGCCCGGAUGCAUCUGGGAGGAACCCCCAAGGCUGGCCCUUGCCCCGUCCCCACCA